AUGCAGAUAUUAUUCGUGUUCGUUUGUCUUCGUAUUUCUUCGAUAACAGCAAACCUCAUGAUUUACAACACGGAUCUGAAUGGACUCACAGAAAAAUAUGAUUGUUUGAUUAUUGAUGAUCAUAACCUUGCAAUUGGGAAAAAUGAAUAUUGUAGAAGACCACUUGAAAGUCUAAUUAAUCGGAAUGCCGAUGAGUGUGAUGAAGCUGCUAUUUAUUUUUCAACUUUACGUAAACAUAAUCGAACAAGUUCAUAUAUGAUCAAAUAUGGAGCACCAGUUGAUACUAUUGAUGCAUAUCAGAUCUAUCUGGAAACUGGAAGAGAAGACGGACAGAUUGAUUGUGACAAUGGUAUUGAUGAACAAUAUUGCUUAGCACUUGAACUAAAUCAAUGCAAUGCUCAGACAGAAUAUCGAUGUCGUCAAGGUUUCUGUAUUUCUCGUCAAGCAGCGUUCGAUAUGGUUCGUGACUGUCUUGAUGCUUCGGACGAACAUCGCUUCGACAAAUAUAAUAUGGUCCUUACGACGGAUGUCUUUUGUGAAGACCAUGAGUUUCUUUUCUGCCAUGAACAUUUCUGCGGUAAGAACAUGUUUGCUUGUGGUGAUGGAACAUGCUCUAGCAAUUUGUGGGAUCGACUGUCCUGCUCAACAAAACGAGAUUUACAAUUUAUACGCCACAUUCUGUCAACAUCGAUGACUGACAAAGAUUCUUGUUGGACAUAUGCCAUUUGUCAUCUGAAAUUUCUCGAUGUUUUUCCUCAUAUAACAUCGUCGAUUUGUCAAAGAAGCAAAUGUGAGAAAGAUAUGUUCUUUUUUCCUGCUGAACAUCCCAUCGUAUAUCCCAACGUUCAACUGCUUUACAAGACAAAAAGAAUAUUUUCUUCCGAUAAUGUACAACCAGAUUACAUAUGUUUUGAUGCUCUUAAAUGUCAGUAUCAUAACUGGUCAAUGAUUACUCUAUUCAAUAGAACAUGUUCACCGUGGAAUAACUUCAAUAAAAUUAUGUUUUCGAAAGAUUCAUGGCAUAUGAUGAUAUUUAGCAUUCAACAAAUAUUUAUUUCCUGUACUAUUCCUUCGAUUGAGUCGAAAAAUGAUGACCGUUUAUUCGAAUGUGGACAAUCGUUCUUCAUAUCAAAGCAUCGCUUAAACGAUGGCUAUGUAGAUUGCUAUAUGGGUAUUGAUGAAUAUCAAGAGCGUGAUACAUGCGCAUUGAAUCUUGCUAAUCGAUUUCAAUGUCAAACGGACAAAACACAAUGUAUUCCACGUUUAUUUUUGUCCGAUGGUAUCGAAGAUUGUAUGGAUGGAUCGGAUGAGAACUCUCUUUAUCCCUGUUCGUCGUAUCCUGUAGAAGCUGGUUGUAAAUGGAAACGAGGUUCGUUGAAUAUUACUGUAAACUUCAGAUUUCUUCAAUUAUGUGAUGGAUUUAUCAGUAUCAAAAUUGACAAUAUGACAGAUGAAAGCAAUUGUCUUUCGACUUGGAUUGAUCAAUGCAACUCGUCUUGGACACGUUGUGACGGUUACUGGCAUUGUCGCGAUGGGCGCGAUGAACUGAAUUGUCCACCAAUUCCACAAUAUCCUUGUAAGAACAAAGAAGAAUUCUAUUGUAUGAACAGAACAACCAGGACAUUUGUUUGCUAUCCUUCACAUUUGGCCGGUGAUGGGCAUGAAGACUGUGUUGGAGCAAUAGAUGAAAGGGUAGGCGGGUACUGUCAUCAAACUAAUCCAAUGAAUAAGACAAAACGUUUUCGAUGUGGCAACUCAAGUGUUUGUCUUCAUCAUCAACAGCUUUGUAAUGGAAUUCGCAACUGUCCAAUAGAUAACUAUGAAGAUGAAGGUGCAUUAUGUCCAUGGCUAGAGAACACAUUAACAACAGAAAACCAAAAUCCAUAUUUUCUUUGCCCUAAUCAAUCUAAAUUAGCAUUUCGUUGUAACCAAAUACGAGAGUGUGCUAAUGGUGAAGAUGAAUUUUAUUGUAACAUUGAUGAACCUGACUUUAUUCGCGGUAUGCUCUAUCUUGAACAGUAUUUAUCAUCUAUUAUUGUAUAUCCUCCACAAAUUCCAACAUCAUUGCUAUCGAGUAAACAUGUAAAGACCGAUAUAGUAUCAAUACAUGCAAAAAUUGCUCGAAUGCAUCACACUCAAUUAACUUCAAAUAAAAAUCUUGUGCAUGCUACCUGGUUUUGUAAUCGAGGUCUCUUAGGAUACAAAAACAAUAAAGAAAUUUGUUUUUGUCCAUUCUAUUCAUAUGGAGAUAGAUGUGAAUUCCAACGACGUCGAGUGACCAUUACUGCUCGCGUGGAGACGAAUGAUUUUUAUUCAGACAAUUUUGUUUCAUUAAAACUGGUCUUUUAUUUAAUUAAUAGAGAAAAUUUCCAUAUUGUAGAUUACACUCAAACUAUUAUUAUUCCUCGUAAAAUGCGAAUGAAUUCAAGACCAUAUGAUUAUAGCAGUCUCUUCAUUUAUCUUCUUUUCCCAACUCAUCGAUAUAAGGAAUUUCGAGAAGCUGCCCAUUUUGUUAAAAUUGAUGCGUUCAUUCUCAAUAAUCAAUCGUUGGAUUUUCAAGCAAGUUGGUAUUAUAUUUUACCGUUUAAAUUUCUUCCUGUUCAACGACUUUCUGUGCAGCUGAUUUUAGUAAACACAGUUUUUAGGUCGCUCGGUACAUGCAUUCAUGGAACACGCAUGCCCUACAUGAAUAGUGAACAAACUUGGUGUCAUUGUGAACCUGGUUGGAUUGGCACAGAGUGUCGUUAUCGUGAUACAGUUUGUCAUCCCAAUCCUUGUUUCGCGGGAAGUAUCUGUAUAUCUGUUAGAGAACAGUACGUCUGCUUAUGUCCAUCGAAUCGCUUUGGACCAACAUGUCGAAUUGAAACAACGCAUAUCUGUCAUUCAGAUAUAUGCCAUAAUAAUGGCUCAUGUUUAACACUGGAUGUUAAUGGGCGAAUAGGAGAACGCCGAUUCUACUGUCUGUGUCCUCUUGGUUUUACAGGCCUUAAAUGCGAAAAAAAAGCAGCUCGUUUCAAUAUUCGGUUUGAAUCGGAGUUAAUUAAUAAAUACUUGCACGCUCCAGCGAUCAUUUUUCGUCUUAGCCGUGUAGGACACUUGGCUCAGCUCGAAGAUUCUUACAAAUACAUGAUUAAAAAUGUUCAACUUGCAAAAUCGUUGCCAACUUUUUAUCGCGAUCCAAAAGUGCAUCAUUUCGAUUUUGCUUUUGUUCAACUAUUCAUAAGCGCUCAUGAUAUUUUUGGAAAAUAUUAUUUAAUCGCUAGUAAUAAUACGUUGAGUUCCGGGAAGGAAGAACAUCUUCUUGCCAUGGAUAUUAAUUCAACUGUCCUAGCACAAAAUUAUUGUCCAUACAUUGAUCAAUUAUUUAACACGACAAUUCUACGAUUAGUUUCAUUACAAAGAGCUAAAUAUUAUCAACAACCAUGUCAAAAUCAUUCUCAAUUGAUGUGUUUUCACGAUGAAAGUUUCAUAUGUGUCUGUGAUCGGUAUCACAUAACUAAAUGUUUCAAUUAUGCUCAUCGAUCAAUGAAUUGUUCAAGUUCACAUUCAUGUCUCAAUGGAGGAUUAUGUCUACAACAAGAUGAAAUUCGAAAUCCGCUUGAUUAUUUAUGUAUUUGUGAAGAAUGUUUCUUUGGAGAACGUUGUCAAUUUACUACUUCUCAGUAUACAAUUUCAUUAGAUGCACUUGUUGGUUCACUGAUUCUUGUAGAUACGCCGUUUCCACAACAGCCAUUCCUCAUUCAAAUGAUAUUUUUUAUUAUUUCUGCUCUUUUUUGCAUCGGAUUCUGUUUGAACACAUUGACUACUGCUCUUUUUAUUUGUCAAAAAGAUUGCCAAUCAACUGGGUGUGGAUUUUAUAUCAUUGCCUCAUCGGUUUUAGGUAUUGGUUGUUUAGGUGUAUUAAUGCUAAAAUGUAUCGCAUUAAUUCUAUUACCAGAGUUAUCUAGUGGAAUGAGCUGUAUUUUGAUUGAAUAUUUUCUUAAAUAUUUACCAACAGUAGUCGAUUGGACGCAUACAUGUGUGCUUCUUGAACGUGUUUCGACUAUUCGAAAAGGAGCAAGUUUUAAUAAGGAAACAAGCAAAAAUAUAGCUAAAAUUGUUAUUCCAAGUCUGAUUUUACUUAUUGGCAUAAGUCUGAUGCAUGAUCCUUUUCAUCGACAAUCAAUAAUUGAUCCUCGACUAACUCAAGGUCGUCGACCUUGGUGUAUGGUUGAAUUCAGCACAAGUAUUAGCAAAUUUUACAAUAUGAUCAUUAAUAUGUCACACUAUUUUAUUCCAUUCAUUAUCAAUCUUAUUUGUGCCGUAAUUAUCAUUUUAUAUGUAUCUCGUAUGAAAUCAAAGAUAAAAAGUCAGACUUACAGUAAGGUUCUCAAAAAACAAAUACUCGCUUGCAAACAUUUGAUUAUUAGUCCUAUUGUGCUAAUUAUUCUUGCUCUACCUCGUCUUACGUUUGCUACUAUAUUUACUUGUAUUUCAAAUUCAACACCAUGGCGAAUAUAUCUUCUCUUAGUCAGCCACUUGUUAAGCUUUUUUCCACAGAUCGGUACAUUAUUUAUCUUUGUUUUACCGUCGACAGAUUACACAAAUGAAUUGAGGAUUUUUACCAAAAAACUUCGUCUAAACAAAUCAGCAUGGAUAUAUUUUUCUGAUUUAUAUCGAUUGAAGCGUCAUAUAAAGUAA